AUGUUGAUCAAUUCAAAAAAUCUACACUCAUCUAUUCAUAAUUUUUAUACUUCAAAUUCUAAUAAUAAAAUUCCGCAAUACUAUCUUUCAAUUAAUAAUAAUCAUACAUUUCAUAGAUCUUCAUCAUCAUUAAGUUUAUCAUCUGUUUCUUCAAGUUUACUUAAUCAAUCUAGAAAAACAUUGAAACCAAUUACAGCUUGUAAAAGAACAAAUUCAUUAUCUUCGUUAUCGACAACAUCAUUUUCUUCAUCAAUAACUAUAAUUCUUCAUGCAUUACAUAAGAGAAAUCGGCGACAAGAAAUAUGUCGUCAUCGAAAAAAAUUUUUCCACAAAAAUCAAUCACGAUCUCAUGAUUAUGAUAGUAGUUCAUCAUCAAUAUCAUUAUCUCAAUUAAUAAAUAUAAAGAAAACAAAACAAUUAUUGAAUGAAACAAUUCGUUUACAAACUCAAAAACAAAAUAAAUUAAAUACAAAACAAAAUUUAAUAUCAAAAUAUAAUGAUGAAUCAUUUACACCUUGUCCAUCAUAUCAAUGUAAUAAAAAAAUCUAUAGAAAAAGUUUAUCAAAAAGUAAUUCUUUUAAUAAAAAUUCAAUCUAUUAUUAUUUAAAACAAAAUAAAAAAGAUUAUUCAUCAGAAAAAUCACAUCAAAUAUCUGAAAAAGAAAACACAACUUCAUUUCAUAGUAAUAAUUCAUUAUCGAAUAGUAUAUCAGAUUUCAAUGAAAUAAAUAAUGAAGAAAAUAUUAACAAUUUUAAUUGUGAUCAAACACAUAUAUCAAAUAUAGGUACACAAACAGAUAAUUAUUCAUCAAUUCGACAACAAUAUCAAUAUGGAAGUUUACGAAGAGUGAAUAGUGAUUUGCUAGAUUAUAUUUUCAUUCCUAUUUCAAAUGUAUCAAUGGAUGGCAAUUAUAUAUAUUCAAUGAACUCAAACACAGAUCGUUAUUGGUCAUAA